GUCGGCGCGGUUCGAAGGGCUCGGAGGCGGAAACCCCUCCAGAAUAAGGCGAGAGCUGUCGAUUCGGCCGCCGCGAGGAUCCGAGCUAGUAGAAGCGAUGGCGAUGAGCCCCCGGACCGCCGCCCUCCAUGGCGUCGCGCCGCUUCCUCGCUUAAGGCUCCCCUCGUUGACUUCCUGCGGCUCCCGUCGCGUGAAUGUCCGCGCGAAAGUAGAACCCUCUGAAAAGUCUGUUGAAAUUAUGAGAAAAUUCUCAGAGCAAUAUGCCCGUAAGUCUGAGACAUACUUCUGCAUCGAUAAAGGAGUCACCUCUGUUGUUAUCAAGGGUCUUGCUGAUCAUAAAGAUAUGCUGGGAGCACCAUUGUGUCCAUGUAGGCAUUAUGAUGACAAAGCAGCUGAAGUAGCACAGGGAUUUUGGAAUUGCCCAUGUGUGCCUAUGCGAGAGAGUGCUAGUAUUGGCUGGCGGCUGAAUUUGUACGGUACCGGUUUGCCUGCUGUAUCAAUACUUAGCACAGAGCUACUGCUUGGACCAGAGAGAAAGAGAGAGAAGGAAGACAGUGGCAGAAAUGAUGACUGUCAUUGCAUGAGAGAAAGAAAGAGAAUGCAUGAGGAGAGAAUGAAAGAGAAAAAACAAUAAAAGACAGCUAUCAUCCUGGCAAAAUUAAUGAAGUGUCUGGGUGGUAGGCUUACUGUCUGAUACACCCAGUUCCAGCUGUAAAAUUUGGGCGAUACACCCGAUAUGGUGAACCUUCCUGUAUGAACUGGUAUCGGGCAAACCCAUGGUCCACAUACUGGUUUUUGAUCACCGAUAAAUAUCCGCCUGUACCAUUCAAUAUAAAUAGGUACCGAGCAAACCUGUAGUCCAUGUAUGAUUCAUGAUCUAAUUGAUAAAUACCAGAUUGUAUCGACUGGUGUGUCCAGUUUUUAAUACCUGUGGUAUACAAAGAGACCUACAUAUAUGUAUAUGUAGUUGUACACUGAAUAUCCCAGAUAAAUUGCAUUUUUUAUUUUUAUUUAA